UUAGCCAUUGAUUCAUGACCUUCGCUCUCCCUCCUCUUCCCGUCUGUGGCUUCUUUGGUUUUUUUCUAUAAACUAAUGAACUGAGUCACGCACCUCUUCCUUUGUUUAUUAUCUUUUUUAUGUUUUAUUGUUUGAACGUAAUAACGUGUUAUUGUUGAUUUGGACUCUUUUUGAUUCUCCCCCUUCCCAUUUCGACAUUCAAAUCAUCUUCUUUCUACCCGAAGAAAAAAAAAAUAAUAUCACACAAUGGAUGAAAAGGUCGCUUCGCCAGUGACCUCGAGCCACGGCUCGUCAAUGGACGACCCGUUGGCCAAAACCGACCAGCUCAAGCGCAUCUACCGAAAGAUCGACAUGAGGCUCGUGCCACUUAUGUUCUUCUGCUACUUCCUGCAGUUCCUCGACAAGGUCAUCGUCAACUACGCCAACAUCAUGGGUAUCGCCAAGAACCUCCACUUUGUCGGCAACGACUUCUCCUGGAUGGCCACGGCCUUCUUCAUCGGUUACGCCAUCGCUGAGUUCCCCCAGGGCUACCUGAUCCAGAAGUUCCCCGUGUCCAAGGUGCUCGGAUUCAACGUGCUGCUCUGGGGUAUCAUCGUGUGCUGCACGGCUGCGACGCAGAACUUUGCUGGUGCCGCUGCUGUGAGGACGCUGCUCGGCAUGUUUGAGGCUGUCAUCACGCCUGCCCUCAUCAUGAUCACGUCUCAGUGGUACAACAAGAAGCAGGCUACCCUGCGCACUGGUAUCUGGUACUGCGGUCUCGGUGGUGGACAGGUCAUGGGAGGACUGAUUUCGUGGGCGGCUCAGCACGGCUCGACAACUUCGUCUUUCCAGGGCUGGCGUAUCAUGUUCGUUUCCGUCGGUGUCUUCAACCUGUUUGUUGCCCUGGCCGUCAUCUUCUUCAUGCCCAGCGGUGUUCGUGAGGCAACCUUCCUGACCGAGGACGAGAAGGCUCUGAUCGAGGAGGUCCUGGCCCGCGACCAGGCCGGAGCCGGCAAGAAGGUUUUCAAGAUGUCUGGUAUCUUGGACGCCCUUAAGGAUCUCCAGGUGUGGCUUCUGUUUGUCAACACCAUUCUGAUUGUCAUCCCUUCCGGUAUCAUUACCACCUUCUCGGCCACCAUCAUCAACUCCAUCUUCCUUACGCCCAAGAAGUCGGCUCUGCUCAACAUGCCCGCCGGUGCGAUCUCAAUCUUUGCGACCCUCGCCGGAACAUACGUGAUCUACUACAACCUGCCUCGCUGGCUGAGCAUCAUUGGUCUCCUGAUCCCCACCAUCAUUGGCGCCGCAUUGAUGUCCUUUGCUAAGACCAAUGGCGGUGCCCUGGCUGGUGUCUACCUCAUCAACUUCGACGUGGCUCCCCUAGCUCUCAUCUACGCUCUGGUCGGUGCUAAUACCCAAGGAUACACGAAAAAGGUUACCGUCAACGUAAUCAUCGCCAUUGCCUUCUCAAUCGCCAACAUCAUCGGCCCACAGACGUUCCAGGACAAGGAUAAGCCCAAGUAUCUGCCCGCCAAGAUCACCGUCCUGGGCGUUGCCGGUGGAUCCAUCAUCGUUACGAUCCUGUUGAGAAUCCUCUACGGAGUCCGCAAUGCUAAGACGGCUGCGACUCGAUCAGCAAAUGGCAUAAUACCAGAUGGCCACAUGAGGUUGUUGCCGCCGGCGCUGGUCGUCGUCACCGGCGCCAACGGAUUCAUUGCACAGCAUUGCGUUGCCGCCCUGCUCCAAGAGGGCUACCACGUUGUUGGCACCGUCAGAAGUGCGUCCAAGGUUGAAGCAGUGAAGAAUUCGCACAAGAGACAUCCCGGGCUAGACGUGGUCGUCAUCGAAGACAUCACAAACGCCCAAAGCUAUCUUGAUGUUCUUGGACCCUUAUCACCAGCAGCAGUCCUUCACCUUGCCGCUCCAUUUCACUACAAUGCGACCAACUUCGAACAAGAGAUGAUGAUCCCCGCGGUGCGAGGGUCAACGGCUAUCCUGGAGGCGGCGGCUCAGAUCAAGAGCAUCCGGAGAAUCGUUCACACAAAUAGCUUUGCCUCCAUAUACGACGCCUCGGCCGGCCCAAGCCCCGGAAAGAUUUACACGGCUCAAGACUGGAGCCCCUUGACAUACGAAGACGGAGCACAGGCAGACAACGCCCCAGCAGCAUAUCGCGCGAGCAAGACAGCAGCAGAGAAGGCCGCCUGGAAGUUUAUGGAGAGCAGGGCGCUAGGGUUUGAUCUCGUCAGCCUAUGUCCCAGCAUGGUCUUUGGGCCUUUUCUGCCCGAGGCCAAGCCCAAGUCCAUUGCCGGCGUCAACACUAGCAACCUGCUGGUCUGGGCCGCAGUCUCAGCUGGCCGUAACAGUGCCCUAAUUCCUACCAAAGGGCCGGUGUGGGUGGAUGUCAGAGACACGGCUGAAGCUCAUGUCAAGGCGCUCCGGAUUGUCGAGGCCGGCGGUGGCCGCUAUCUCCUCGCCGGCGGUAUUUAUUGCAACCAGGAGCUGGCAGACGUGAGCCGGCGACUGCUGCCCAAGUACGGCGAUCGAAUUCCGAUCGGCGAGCCGGGCAAGCGGGAGUCACACACACACUUUGGCGUGAGCACGGCCGAGACGGACAAAGUUCUAGGAAUCAAGUGGCGAAGUCUGGAGCAGACUCUCGGAGAUGUCGUGCCACAAUUGUUUGAGAUUGAGCGGGGUCAGGGCGCCUAA